UGUGUGUGAAAAAACGACGGGAGGUUUGAGGAAUACUUCACGGCUAGCGAUAGCAAGGUACACAAAUAGGGAAAUAAUUCACUUUCGGACUUCCCUGGCACUACGGGGGUCCACCUGAAGCCGCAGAAGGACAAAGUCUCGGCUAAACUCUUCCGUUUCCCGCUACGUACCCUCCGUGGCGAGAACGAGAGUGUCCCGCUAAUCCCGAGGAGAGGGGAGCGGCCUGCGUUUGUAACCGGCUUCCCGGUGCAGCUAAGGCGGGUAGCACUGUCACCAGAGCCCGGUGCUUCCGCUGGCUCAUUUUUCUCCACGCCACCAGAACCGUCGGAGCUUCGAGAUUAUUUUUUUUUAUAUCAAUAGCCACGACUUCUCGUCGACACGUCUCCCCUGUCGUUGCCGUGCAGCUGUCGGCUUUUUCUCGGUGAGAAGGACCAUUUCACGCCGGAGCGGCCUGUUUUGUUUUCGAGCCGCCAUGAAUCUCUGCGAACAAUAACACAACCGCAACGAGCCUGCUAAGAGGGGCUGCACUGUCAGGCGAAGCCCGAGCCACGGAUGCUCCGGUGCUGGAUAAUUGGUGCAUUGUGUGUGAUACGAGGUCUGGGCCGACGUGAAACUGCGGGACGAGCAUGCAUGUGGACUGUGAAUUUAUCUCGGGGGAAACCGCUGCAAACGGGAGCCCCUGUUUGAAUUUCGGAGCGGCUGUUGCGAGCUAACCAGCCGCAGUUAAAAAAAGGCCACUGGCGGAGGAAAUAGCGCCACACGAUGCUUUGUCUUAACAUAACUCGUGCGUGGUAUGGAAACAAACAGAACUGAUGUGGAUGGGCCGAUAUUUCUAUGCAAGUUAAAAUAUACUGAACACAAAAGCUUCAGAGCUGUUAACGCCGGAGCACCACACCGAGGAUGGAUUGGAUGUGACUGAGGGAUGAGUAGCCUGGAUUGCACCGUGCGCAGACUGCUCUAUAUGUGGGAUUUACCAGCGGGGAAGUGAGCCUGUUUCUCUCCCAUCUAUGCUCUCUCCAGAGCCCCUUUCACGAAACCGGUCAUUUCUCCGCACAGCGCCGCUGCCUCGUGCGUUUGUUUAUUUGUGUUACUGUGCGACUUUUUUAACGUGUUAAUACAUCUUAACGGACCGGACCGGAUUGGACUGGGGCCCCGGGCCAGGCAGCUGAGAUGAACCCAGUGAAUGCGACCUCUCUCUACGUCUCCGCGAGCCGUUCGGUGCUGCAGUGCGACCCCCGAGACCCCCGGGCCCUUGCGGAGCUCUGCAAGCUGCUGCCGUUUUUCCGCCAGUCCCUGUCCUGCUUGGUCUGCGGUAAUCUGUUGCAGGAUCCUAUCGCUCCCACCAACUCAUCAUGUCAGCACUACGUCUGUCGAGGCUGUAAGGGUCAGAGGAUGCAGCUCAAACCGUCCUGUAGUUGGUGUAAGGACUAUUCCUGCUACGAGGAAAACAGGCAACUCUCUUUGCUUGUCCGCUGUUACAGGAAGCUCUGUCUCUACAUUACCCAGUCGCCGCUUGCCCCGCACAUAGCCAGCGCUGCCAGUGACUCGCCAGACCUCCAGGCAAUCCUCAAUGAGGGCCUCACGCUGGCAGAGAGCGAGCUAGAUGUGGAGGACAUUUCAGAUUCGGCGUCCACCUCGGAGGUGGUCCAGACUGAUGAGGUUUUACCUACAAAGGAGCUGAAAGGAGAGGACGCGAGCUCCAUCAACGGACUGCAUGAUUGUAACGGCCUGGUCAGCUCAGACGCUCUGCAGCCCAUCACCAUAGAAACGGGCGGGGGCAUUGCAAAACAGGAGAGCUUUUCGGAGGAGGUCCCGGUGUGCGUGAGCGUCACAGGGACUGGGGAGGCGGGGCUCUGUGACAUCAGCACUUUCGGGGACGACCUGAAACACGGCGGGGGGCCUCUGUUAUUGAGCGUGGAGGAGGUGCUCAGGACUCUCGAGACGGACACGGACUCUGACCCCACACCUGAGCCCAACCCCCAGCCAGACUGUCACCCCUCUGUACCCCAGUCGAGCCGCAAUGGGCCUCACUGCCCAUCUGGCCCCGACUCCUCUCGCCUCAUCCCCUCCCUUCCCCCUGAGAACAGCCCUCGUCCCCUUCAGCCUCACCCACAGCCCUCGCUGCAGCCUCCCCCUCAGCCCUCCAUAGUUAUCCCCCGUGUGCCCGUUCGGUCUCACCGCAAGCGCUCUCGCUCAGAAAGUGACAGCGAGAAAGUGCAGCCCCUCCCUAUUGCCAGCCUACGAGGACCCCCCGUCGGUGCCAACAGCUCCCCCCACCACCCUAACCCCGGUGCCACCACCAAGCAGGAUCCCAAAUUCCCUGCGGCCACGCCUCAUCCACACCUUGCCCCGGUGCCUAACGGCGGCCCCCCUAAGGUGGGCAAGACGGUGCUCGUCUCCAACAAGACAAUGAAAAAGACAGUGGAGCACCACGGGGCCACCAAGAAGGCUUACACCAAGGCCAGGCAAGGGGCUCCGAAGCCCCGCACACAGCCCCGAGUACCUCCACACCCACACACUCACCCCCUGACACACCCACCCAGUCCUUCAAAGCCACUGUAUAAGAAGCCCGUGGAGAAGAAAGGCUGCAAGUGUGGCAGGGCUACACAGAACCCCUCAGUGUUGACCUGUAGGGGGCAGCGCUGCCCCUGUUACUCCAACCGCAAGGCUUGUCUGGACUGCAUCUGCCGCGGCUGCCAGAACUCCUACAUGGCCAACGGAGAGAAGAAGCUGGAGGCCUUCGCCGUGCCGGAGAAGGCGCUGGAACAGACCCGACUCACGCUGGGCAUCAACCUCACCAGUAUCACGGCGGCGGCCCUCCGUAGCCCGACCACCAGCUCCCCCGGCAACACCAUCCUCAACGUCACCACGGCCACCGGGGCGCCAGUUACGGCUACCUUCCUGUCGGGGGCGGGGCACGACAACCGGGGCUUUGACGAUUCGCUGGAGAUGCGGUAUGACUGUUGAGGUCAGGUCGGUCGUCAUGCACAUUCCCCGCCCCGUCGUACAGGGACCUGCAGCGGCAGAGCCAGAAGAAGGCAGCUACAGUGACGGGCGGCUGCGAGGGUCACCAGCUGAUGCUGAGGCGUCGCCCUCCGUCCCAACGCCCGGAGCUGCACCAUGCUUGUGGUCUUUGCAUAUAGAGGAGAGAAGAAGAAAGAGAAGGAGCAGAUGUAGCGUUACUGUAUGUGCAGAGAUUUCAUUUCAGUGGGGGUAGUCCUUUUUGUUUCCUUCUCUACUAUGGGUAACGUGUAGAGCAUGUUGUGUAGCUAAGUCAGGAGCGCUGACCAUGAUCUCACCUCUGUGUGUGCGUGUGAGUGUGUAUGUAUGAGGGUAAGUGUUUGGUUUGGAGAUGAAUCUUAGGAGCAGGAACUGAGACAUCAUCAUCAUCAUCAUCAUCAUCAUCAGAGACUGGUGUAAUUUAUAUAAAAGAAAGAACUUUUUGUACAUGGACUUAUCGGUUUCCAUUUAAGAAGACAUUUUAUGAUAUAUUUUAUAAGUUACAUUAAAAACCAAUGGAAGCCAGUGCAGGGGCACAUCUGCAUUCAACCAGAAUAUUUUCACACUGGUAACAUAAAUAAAUAAGUAAAUAAAAAGGUGGAUGGUAUUUUGUAAACUCUGCUAGACCACCAGACAUAAAACAUGUGACGUUAAAGAAUAGUAAUCCAUUAAUUGUGUCCAGAUUGAAGAACCACGAUGUGAAUUUAACACCACCAGCCAAGUUUUGAUUACAACUGUUGAAUGUUUAUACUCUGUGAGCCACUGUCCGACUACCAAAUAUGAUUCCUGUAUACUACAAAUCUUAAACUGGUGAAAUUUUGGAGACCACCAGCGUGUGUGGCUGUAGACAGACAAAGCUUUGACCCCUGGUUUGCUGUUUACGUCCAGGUUACUGUGUUCAGUCAUUUGUGUGUUUUUGUAUCAAGCACUUUCCCACUUUUUGUUUUACACUGCCCACACACACACACACACAUACACACACACAGCUAAGAACCACCACAUUUCUGAUCAGUUCUUACUUGUGUUAAAAACUCUGGUUGACUGCAGGCCCUGCGCGCUGUUUUUCACAAGUUUUUUUUUCUUUUUCUUUCUGGAAGCUACACACAUGCUGCUAAAUACUACAAAGGACUCAAAGAAGGAGAGCACACCUGUUUUCCUUGUUCGUUCGUUCUGUUUUUGUUUGUCGUUUGUUUUUAAUAAUUUGCGUUAACAUUUGCAGUAUUUAUUGGACGUCUUCUAACAAUAUAGGUUACGUGUUGGGCAUCAGUUUCGCCCGCCUCUUGCCUGUGUAGUCUGGUCUGGACAGUUUCUGUCUUGGUUAAGUUGCUGUCCUCUUCUUAGUGUUAGUUUCUGGUGUCUCCAAACUGUUUGUUUGUUUUUUUUUUUUGUUUUCCCUCUGGGCAUUUAAAUACCUGUAAUAUAACUGUAACAUAUUUCCACAAAAAAGAAAGGAAAAUCAAAAACUUUAA